AUGCAUCGGUCUUCCAAUUACUCGUAUCACUCGUCCCCCAGCUCCAGGAGCUCCAGCCAUGGCACCAGCAGCGCGUUCAGUCCCAACGCCAACCCCAACGAGGAUUGGACCAAGAUUUCGGACCUUGCAGAGCGUCGCCGCAUACAAAAUCGCAUUGCCCAGAGAAACUACCGCAAGAAGCUCAAGCGGCGCUUGGAGGACCUGGAGAAGAGAGCCGCGUCGGCUUCCACAUCUCCAGAACGGUCACACGAGAAGUCGGAGUCGCCGAAGGCGGUGCACACCGUCAAGUCUCGCACCAAGCAAGCUCGCACAACCAAGUCCAGCGCCGAUGCAAACCGUCACACAUCCUCGGAACGCGGCUCUUCCUACGAGAGUCACUCCACACACGAAGAUCGGGGAUCGAUGUUUUCGCACCAAUGCACCCGACAGCUCUCAGCCUCGCCGCCUCCCGUUUUCUCAUACUCCUACCCUCACUUGGAUAGCUACGGGCACCACACAUACGGACAACCACCUGCCUACCACUCCAUCAGCAACAAUUACAAUGACCUCCCAUACGGGGAGUACGGAACCACACUGCCCUCAAUUCUGCCCGGUCCGCUACUCGGCUCGGGUCCCAAGAAGCAUCCCUCCUACGCCGAUGACGAGAUCGUCAGCCCUUUCAGCAUGAGCUAUGCGUCCAUGGCUGGCAUUGAUCUGUGUCCGACACCCCAACACCUUCCGGAGGCCAAUAUUCCUGUACAUGCCCCUCUCUCUACCUGA